UCAUUUUCGUCAUCACUGCAAGUUAUAAAGAAAGUAAUUAGUAAAGAAUAAAUAGACUGAUGAGAUUGCCAGUCUUAACAAUAUGAAUUUAUGGGAGGUUACUAAUUGAUGAUCUGUAGUUUUCAUUACAAACUCUGCUUCCUCACAACACAAGCAGCGUCCUGCUCUCCACACUGUGAAGCAAACAUCUAGUGAACGUAUGAGUUAAAAUGUCCUGUAAAUUUAAGCUUUUGUUGGAAAAUGCUGAGCAGCUGGUUCUUGUCUGCAGUAAAAAAGAAACAUUUUUGCUCAAAGAGGGGAUGAAAGUUUUGGCUGUGCUUGAGAAGGCCAGUGUGGUUAUUGGAAAUGAUGGGUUGAUAAAGGCAGUAGGACCAACAGAUACAAUACGUAAUCAGUUUUCCACCUCAUUGUUUGAGAAAACUAUUGAUUGUACUGGCAAAUGUGUCCUUCCAGGAUUUGUAGACGCGCAUACUCAUCCUGUGUGGGCUGGAGAUCGUGUGCAUGAAUUUUCAAUGAAGCUUGCAGGUGCCACAUAUAUGGAUAUCCACCAGGCUGGAGGAGGUAUACACUUUACUGUAAAUCACACCCAUGCAGCAUCAGAAGAUGAGCUGUUCUGCAGCUUCCAACACCGUCUGCAGAGAAUGAUUCACUCUGGGACCACUUUGGUUGAGUGCAAGAGUGGAUAUGGGUUAAAUCUAGAGAAUGAACUGAAGAUGCUGAGAGUGAUUGAAAGAGCUAAAAGAGAAAUGGACAUUGGAAUCUCAUCAACUUACUGUGGAGCCCAUGCUGUGCCAAAGGGAAAAACUGCAGUAGAAGCAGCAGAUGAUAUUAUCAAUAACCAGAUCCCUGCGCUAAAGCAGAUGUCUACGAGUGGUGAACUUCAUGUUGAAAAUAUUGAUGUCUUCUGCGAAAAAGGUGUCUUCGAUCUGGAAUCUACUCAAAGAAUUCUACAGGCUGGGCAAGCUAUAGGGUUACAGCUAAACUUUCAUGGAGAUGAACUUAACCCAAUGAAAUCUGCUGAGCUGGGUGCACAGUUAGGGGCGCAUGCAGUGAGUCAUUUGGAAGAAGUUAGUGAUGAAGGAAUUACUGCCCUGGCAAAUGCAAAAUGUUCUGCCAUCCUCUUGCCCACAACUGCCUACAUUCUGAGACUCAAGCAACCUCGAGCAAGAGACAUGCUGGAUGCUGGAGUCAUAGUUUCUCUAGGUAGUGACUUCAACCCCAAUGCAUACUGUGUGUCUAUGCCUAUGGUUAUGCAUCUGGCCUGUGUCAACAUGAAGAUGUCAUUGAAAGAAGCCCUGGCAGCCUCCACCAUCAAUGCAGCAUAUGCGUUGGGAAGAUCCCACACUCAUGGCUCCUUGGAAGUUGGGAAACAAGGAGAUGCUGUUAUAAUCAAUUCGCCACGAUGGGAACAUAUUAUAUACCAGUUCGGUGGUCAUCAAGAAUUAAUUGAUUAUGUUAUUAUCAAAGGAAAAAUUGUUUACAAGAACGAAAAAGUUCUCAGUCUCUAAAAAUACAGCUGGAGUCUUCAUAAAGAAAAUAAAAUCGCUAUACAGAAUCUAUGCAGAAAACCUCCUCUGACACCGCAUACAUUUUAUAAAUACUUAAUUAUAUAUUGAUUUCUCCAAAGAUCCCAUUUUUAUUAUUAUUAUACCAGCUUACACAGACCACCAAUGUCUACCCUCUCUCUUAAUGCAAGUUAGUGUACUUUAUGAUGAGCAACUGCAGGCAAUUGAAAUUAUGUUUAGCUCUCAUUUAAUGUCAGAUUUCAUGUAUAUUGUUAGCUGUGCAAUGCAUUUAUAAUUGAAUUAAAGUAAAUCUACAUCCAA